AUGCUUCCCAACGUUCCUCCUCAUUCGCAUUCUAAUUUAUCAGCAUCUCAUCACCACAAUCCUCAUCACAGCAGACAUGGGCAAGGUUCGUCCUCCUCAGCACAAUUAAAUGGUCAAGUUCAACAGCACCCAACACCGCAGAUUUCUGCAGAAGAAAUGGCGGAAAUGGACAGACAGAAGGUCAACCCAGCUCUGAUAAAAUAUAUUGAAGAAUUCAAGUUUCCUUAUAUUACCGACGUUAGUAACUACGAGAAGCUUAUAAAAAUAGGACAAGGGACUUUUGGAGAAGUAUUCAAAGCACGAUGUAAAAAGACUGGUAGGAUGGUAGCUUUGAAGAAGAUACUUAUGGAAAACGAGAAGGAAGGUUUUCCAAUCACAGCACUUCGUGAGGUGAAAAUGCUGCAACAACUCAAACAUGAGAACAUUACGGAUCUUAUCGAGGUGUGCAGUAGUAAAGCGUCUGCACAUAACCGGGACCGUUCUACCUUUUAUCUUGUUUUCGCAUUUUGUGAACAUGAUCUUGCUGGUCUGCUCAGUAAUUCGAAAAUUAAAAUAUCACUGGUUCACAUUAAAACAAUGAUGAAGCACCUUUUCAAUGGCUUAUGGAAAAUUCAUCGUUCAAAGAUAUUACACCGUGACAUGAAAGCUGCCAACGUCUUGUUAUCGAGAGAUGGUAUCCUCAAGCUUGCCGAUUUUGGUUUAGCCAGACCAUUUUACGUGGGUCAUACUCGUCAACUUUACACGAAUAGAGUUGUAACGUUAUGGUAUCGCCCUCCUGAGUUGCUUCUAGGAGAUCGACAAUAUACUACAUCAAUAGAUAUGUGGGGAGCAGGCUGCAUCAUGGCUGAAUUGUGGACACGUUCUCCAAUUAUGCAAGGUGACACAGAGCAAAAACAACUCACUAUGAUUUGUAAUUUAUGUGGAUCCAUAGACAAAGACUCCUGGGAUAGGGUGAGCGAACUUCCACUAUUUGACAGGAUGGAGCUUCCCCAAGGUCAACCGCGUAUUCUUCCUCAACGCAUGCGAGCCUACAUAAAGGAAAGGCAUUUGUCACCAGCAUCUUCCUCCAUUUGUCUCAUUGAUGAAUUGCUAGCAUUGGAUCCGAGUAAGCGCUUGGAAGCUGAGAAAGCAUUAGAUCACAUGUUCUUUUACACGGCACCAUAUUCUAAGGAUGAUUUUAAGGAUCUAAUGGACACUGUUAAGACAUCGCAGUUCGAAUACACGGCUGGUGGAGGUGCACAUGCAAACCGCGGUCGUGCCGCAGGUGCUGGACAGCGUGUACCACAGCGACCACAAGUUUCACAAUCGGGGCAAUUUCAUGACAUGAUAUUUUAG